UUGUAAUAUAAUCCUUAAGAUAUAAUUUUUCUAUAUCAGAUUAUAGAACUUUAUCAGAUCUCUCGCCUGACAGUGAUCUGAAAGAUUUUCUGCCGAGGAGCACCAGACCAAGAAAUGGAAAAACCCCGUAUCCAAGUGCUCCAUUUUGUUUUGAUCUCUGACCCUGGACCAGCAAACUCUGCCAACUUCUUGAUCUUAUGUGCUUGGACAGAUAAGUGUCUUCUUGAAAGAUGGCAAAAUACAGAGGCUGAAACAAACCCAACCCAGAUUCAAGGUACAGAGCACCAGCAACAUACUUCUGCUCUGAACCAAAAUAAAAACUAUUGCCUUCUUGUCUGAGGGAGACAAUUCUUCAGUUUGUUUAACCCAUACCCUUUUGGUCUUACUCGAAAUCCUGCUCGUAUAAGCAGGUAUCAGGUUGAUGGGCUAUAUAAGUUCGGGAGUCACCCGGUGUUUCAUGGCUUGAAGCAUCAGAACAGAAUUGAAACUUGCUUGUGAAUAACGAAUCACAUACGCUAUUAUUAACUUGUAUUGAACAGUUUUAUCCAAGGAAAUGGUCAGCUCGUGUUGGAGACCGUCUUUCGAAGGACAAGAAAGCCGCAAGCACGACGAAGUUGGAGGGAGAUCCGAUGGGUUGAUGUGGAGCAAAAGCUUAGGGAAUCAUGCUUACGGAGAAUUCUCCAUGGCGGUUAUUCAGGCCAACAAUUUGUUGGAGGACCAAAGCCAGCUCGAAUCGGGACAGCUGAGUUUCACUGAUUCCGGGCCCUUCGGGGCGCUUGUUGGCAUCUAUGAUGGCCAUGGUGGGUCUGAGGCUUCACGGUUUGUCCGCAACAAUCUGUUCUGCAACAUCAAGAAAUUGGUGUCCGAGCAUAAAGAGGUCAGUGCAAAUGUCAUUAAGAAGGCUUUCUCAGCAACCGAAGAGGAUUUUCUCUCUAUGGUAAAGAAACAUUGGCAUAACAAACCACAGAUUGCGUCCGCCGGAUCGUGUUGUCUGGUUGGCGUCAUAAGCAACGGGACUCUAAUUGUCGGAAAUGCUGGGGAUUCCCGGGCGGUACUAGGGAGAGCAGUGAAGAACUCCAAAAGAAUAACACCCAUCCAAUUAUCAGAAGAGCACAAUGUGAAUUUCGAAUCUGUGAGAGAGGAAGUCCGGUCCCUACAUCCCCACGAUCAACAGAUCGUGAUGCUCAAACAUAAAGUUUGGCGUGUUAAGGGACUCAUACAGGUCUCAAGAUCUAUUGGAGAUGCAUACCUGAAAAGGACAGAGUUCAAUAGAGAGCCUUUGCCUCACAAGUUCAGACUGCCUGAGCCAUUUAUCAAGCCAAUCUUGAGUUCAGAGCCAUCAGUAUCGAUACACCAACUCCAGCGUGAAGACCACUUCCUCAUUUUCGCAUCUGAUGGUCUUUGGGAGCAUUUGAGCAAUCAAGAUGCUGUUGACAUUGUCAAGAACUACCCUCGCAAGGGAAUUGCAAGGAGGCUGAUCAAAGCGGCGCUGAAAGAAGCAGCGAAGAAGAGGGAAAUGAGGUACUCGGACAUGAAAAGGAUCAAGUGCGGAGUGAGGAGGCACUUCCACGACGACAUAAGCGUCGUCGUUCUGUUUCUUGAUCCGCGGUUAGCCAGUAGUAAGAGCUCAUUACAACGAUCUGUGUCGAUAAAAGGAGCAGGAAUGGCCUCUGCUCCUGCUGCUGACUCCUAGGUAUAGGCAAACGGCCAGGGUCUAUCCCUCGCCAACCAGUCUCACCAUUCAACUUACUUAAUGACGGGUUCUUGUAGAAGCUGCAUCGGAAUUCCUUGAGGAUCAUUAAGAGGAGCCCUCAGGGACCAAUUCCCAGAGCUAAGAACUUGUUAUGCAAAUCAGUAUAAUUGGAAAGAAAUUCCCCGGACGAUUGUUGACAAACGACUCUAGAUCUGUUAAUUGAAAGUUCGUAGGGAUCUAUUGGCAAAUGUAAAUAAAGGUCGUCUCCGCUUUCCUCAGUAAGUUCUGAUUACUUGAUAAAUUAAGCUCCAAGAUUGAAAUUUGAAGAUUAGCUCCAUCACUUGAUUUGAUGCAAAAGUUAACUUCAAGUUGAUUUCAUACAAAAAAAAAAAAAAAGGGCAAUGCCAAGGAGGCCAUAAACUAAUGCAUAUAGCUUUUCGGUUCACUAGCCUCUUCAGCCCUAUGUUAAAGCAAUGUCAUUACCUAGAAGCUUACCUCGAGACUACUAGGACUCUCUUGCCCAGCAUUCGGUCGAUGCUGGAAGAUCACUUCAGAGGAAAAAGAAAAUUCACCGGUCAUGAGGGAUGGAACUUUCAAAACAUACUUUCGAGGACGAUUUGUUCUUUUUAUUUUCAUUCAGCUAAAGAUACCUACUUUCGUUUCCAGAGCUUUCCAAAUGGUUUCUAAAUCAGCAAAUCAACUGUUAGAAGUUGGACCACAAGGACUGCCCGAAACAGAAUUCCGAUUCAGACCCCUUAUAAACAACACACAAGGCAGUCAUCAGCUGUCGUUUCAAUUCAACAGCCAAUACAGAUGACUGUCGUCUACAUGUGUCUACAGGUGUCUACAGAAUGGGGUCUAUGAUGUCUCAGGGCGCAAUGCCUGUCAUAAGAGGAGACAGCUAGGAUAGCAACCAUAUGGAAGAGACGAUGAAAACAAUAUCCAACAAUUUACUCCAAUACAAAACGAAUAUCACAGUAAAAUUACAAUAACUAUAACCUUAGUUCACUACUUAAGAGAAGUUUCAUAACUCAAAACAUCAUUACAUGCCAAACUAUCCCCAGUCAAAUGGACAAUCCUACCUCACUGACUGCAAUCCACCAAGUGAAGACCCGCAGAAAUCAAGAAACCUCCUCCACGUGCUAGCUUUUCUCGAAGAAACGGAUAAGUAUAUCAGAAAUUCCAAUUUCACAGCCAUGAUUGACAGAUUUCAUUUCUUUGUAUCAUAGAAGCCGAACUUUCCAUAUUUGAGAUGUCCCUACUUGAGUUUUGCCAAAAAAAAAAAUGUACCUUCAAUUCAUUCCAACACAAUCUGCAAUACGUCUCACUAUCAAGAGAGACUGAUGAUGACUCUCAACAAACAAGAAAUGCUUUAUACCUUUUCAUGAUGCAGCCUAGAUUAUUUGCCACUGGUAAAAUCUAUCAGAUCUCAUGACCAUUCAUUUCAUGAACUGCAUGAUAUGAAGCAGCAAAACACCCCCAUAACGUACUAACAUGGAAUACAGAACUCAAAACCCACUCAAAAACAUGCUCUACCUCAUGCGGGGAAUUUUAGUCCGGACUAGACUGAGAGUUUGUUUCAAAAUUACAAAUUUCAAA